GAGUCGCUGCAGUUCUUGUCGCGUAUCUACAGAAGAAUAUAAUGAUAUCAUAAUAAUUAUUGUUGUAUUAAAGGUUAGUAACAUCGUCGGUUCGACGAGACCCACUGCACGCAGCCGUCAUCGUCACCAGCGUCGCACAGCCUUUUCUGUAUAUAGCAGAUACCCGAACGCUCCUUCUCCUUUCGUUUCUCGACGUCGGCGACCGAACGACGAUAGCGAAGGCGUGCGACGCUGUUACACAACGCUUCGGCCUCGACGGCCACCACCACCACCAUCACCGCCGCCGGUACUGCCUCAGCCACCGCCACUUCCACCGCCGCCGCGCUCGACCAUUACACCGUACAGACAUUGACUCUGCAGUCUUAGCCAGCGUACGGCGAUCCAAAGAAGUUUUUAUUUUUUUAGUGUACAUGACGACGGUAAAUAUUUGUUUUAUUCAAUAAUAUUCGCGCUUUCUCUAUAUGAUUGGUUUUAUCAGACAGUAAUAUACUUACCUUUAUCAUAACCAUUAGUGCGUCUCUCUCGAGUAAAAUCAGAAAUAUACUUUACCGAGCAAGAAACAACCAUUCUACAGUGUACGGCUACAAACAUCUGCAACCUAUUAUCGACAUCACCGGUGGUCAAGAGUCCCAGAAGGUUAUAAGGUCAUUGCCGCUGACACAUAAGUUCACAAUGUUCGCCGACAAGCGGACGACAUACAGAAACGCAGAUGGUGUCAUCGCCACCACAAGUUUAUGACGAAAUAAUCUGCACUAUAAAAUGUACUGGAUUCAUCAUCGGAAUCGAGGAAAACACCUGUGUUUGAUAUAUAUUGCAUGACGUGCUCCGAGUUUUGUUUAAAAGUAUGAAACAAAACACAAUUUAUCCAGAACACAAUUUAACAAUGUCGGUAUUGGUCAUCAUCUUCUCUGCUACUUUACUGGCUUUUGCGGGAACAACAACAGCACAAGGUCAACAGCAGAGAUUCUUUUUGCCUCCGUCCAAUAAUGGGAAUUUCGCUUUACCUCGAGUACAAUUUCAAGAAGAUGCAAAUAGUGCUGAACUGAUUUUACCUCAACGUAGACUAUCUUCUGCUGACCCUUCGCCAAUAUCUAAUCCUAGUUCAUCGAGUUUUUUUUCAUCUCAACAACAGCUUCCACCAGGAACAUUUACAAAUUCUGGACCAUUUUCACGGCCACCGAAUGUCCAGCCAUUUAUUUUAAACGGGCAACAAACACAGUUUCAACCACUUCGAAACUCAGGUUCUUUAAGUUUCGUUGAUGCUGUUUCACCACCAUCCUUCUUUCAACAAGCGCCACAGCGUCCACCAUCAUCACCGCCACAACAACAACAACAACCAAUAACACAACAGCAGUUUAAUUUUUUUCCAAGUAAUUCACAACAACAACGAUUUCGAUCAGCUGUACAACAAAAACAACAACAACGCACAGAACAAUCAGAUUCUACAGACAAUUUUGAUGAACGUCAAAAUGCACAACCCUCGUUAAUAUUACAACAAUCGAGCCAAGAAAGUUUUAAUAGUGAUGCUUCUCGUCGUCCUUUAUCUCAGACUAACGGAGUGAUACCAGUUUCUAGAAAUCCUUCACCCACAGGGGGAAUUAGAUGGUGGAAUCCUACAACGGCUGACACAGAAUUAGUGGUCGUAAGCGAUGAAGACACAGCAGAUGGAAUUAAUAUAAAAGACGAUACUGUAGAAUUAACCCAUCAAAGACAAAACCAACCACCAAAACGUGGACGUGGUCAACCACAACAGCAACAGCCUAAGCGAAGACCCAUAACUACACCAGAGCCAUCUUCAGUUAUUAACUUAGAAGAACAACAAGAACCAGCUGCUAUUGGAUUUACAGUGAUACACGAUGACAAUGAUGAUCGACCAACGUGGUCUCAACCAAUAAUUACUACACAUAGGCCACAACCGGGGCCAAAUGUUUUUAGAAAUAGAAACCAACCUGCAGUAGUUUCAGGAUCGGUGAUAAAUCGGCGGCCUACUACACUUAGUCCCUUAUCUUUUAUAGAAUCUUCUUCUACGACUAUACGAUCUGCGCCACAGCAACCUUCAGCAUCUUUUGGAACAGUUAAUAGACAACAGACAACUACUGUAAGAAGUAGAAAAUCAUCAUUGUUUCCUACAACCACAACUACAAUGAAUACUUUAGAUUAUGAGCAGGAAGAAGAAGACGAAGAAGAACAACCUGUGGAAGAAAAGCGUCAAUUCCAACCACGAAAGUCUAUAACGACAACGACACAACCACCUACAGUUCCAAUUACAACCUUGAGAACUGCCCUAAGACCAAGAAUAAAUUCUUUAACAACUUCGAUUCCACAACAACAACGGAUGAAAAAAAUUGUGAACAACCCUGCAAUAAUUCAAAGUAUAAACACUAGAAAACCAUCAAUAACAAGUACUACUACAUUAGCUCCUACAACUACUACAGAACAGCAAAUAGUAGAAGAAUAUGAAGAAUAUGAAGAUAUAGAACAUACAACAACAGGUUUUACAACAACUGAAAUACCAUCAAAUAAAAAACAAACAAAAAUUCCAUCUGUAAACCAAUCGUCUACAGUAACAAUAAAUCAGAAAAAUAAUAAUAGUUCGAUGGUAACUACUGAAAGUUGGGUUGUAGUCGCAAGUGUACAGACUAGUAGAUCAGUUUCAUCAUCGUCGUCAAUGGUAGGGGGUGGAACAAAUAAGAAUCAUUCUGCGCAAGAGUUAACUACGGCUACAGCACCUACUCCUACAACAAAACACAGGUUUAAUAAUAAACCUACAAUAACAACUACUAGCACAACAACAGUAGAAAGUAUCAUUGAUAAAUUAGAUAGAGUUCAGUCGGAACUUUCAAAUGGUAUAUUGUACGGUAGCUCUUCCAAUACAAAUAAUGGUAGCCGUAUUUUGACUGAUAUGCAGAGUAGUGGUAACAAUGAUGAUAAACGAAAUGAUGUAAUUAUAUCAUCAUUUACUACUCCAACUACUGAAAAAACAACCAAGACUUUAACAAGUACAAUGGCCCCCACAACUACUACUACAAGUACCCCUAUUACUUCCAGUUCUCCCAUCACUACCACGUCUUCUAGCACUACCAGUGCUCCCAGUACUACUAAACAAUCUGACAAAGAAGAAGACGAGGACGAAGAUAAAGAAGAAGAAGAAAAAGAAGACGAAUCGGACGACUCCGAUAAAGAAACAACAUUUGUUCGAAAAUUUGUACCUUCUAAACAGAGAACUACUACUGUUGCUUCUAUUACUACAACCAGCACAGCCAAACCUUCAAUUCAAGUUGGAAAGAAAAAUAGAUUAAUAGAUUCUGUUAAAUUUGACGAUUUAUUAACUAGUGGAUUACUUCCAGCUGGGUUUAAUCCAAAGCCACCCCCAGCAUAUAAAUCUAAGACGAUUACAACCACAACUACAACUGAAACACCUUCACCAGUUACUAAUAACAUUAGUAGCUCUCAACCAAAAGAUAUUAGUAGUAGUAUUUCUACUAGUACUGCACCCAGUACAACUACAACAAAAGCAAAAUCGUCAGGUUUGAAUAUUAAAUUUGUGGAUGACUCUUCAGCAUUAGCUUCCCUAUUACCACCAGGAUUUAAAUUAGAAGAUGCUAUUAAACCUGUUGAAGUUUUGUCACCUUCAUUACUACCACCAGGAUUCAAACUACCAACUGAAAAUGAUGAAACUAAUAAUAAAAAUAAAGAGCAAGAAUCGAUUACAACAACUGCUGUACCAACGACUGACGUUCCGUUAACUACUACUACAACAACAAUUGCUAGUAGUACAUCAGGAAUAGUUUUUCCUAAUAGUGGAAAAGGAACAAAUAGUUCUGGAACCAGGAAACCAUUGCCUUCUAGUAAAAAAAUGCAAGCUGCAGUUACUAUAGCACCUACUAUUCAGAAAGGAUGGCCAGUUAGGGUUGUAACUGAGUUCACUGGCUGGUCUACUCCAUCAACAACACCAUUGUCUAUUGAAAAAUUGUUACAACAGUCUAAAGCAUCUGAAUUAGCUGCUAUGACAUCUACUUUAGAGCCAACUACUAGCACUACAACUACUACAACAACUACCACAACUACUAUGAAACCACCUCCAACUACAACACCCGGCCAAUGUUCUGAAAAUGAUUCAGUGUGUGAACUUGUUGGUACAGUGCGAUUAGUUGGUUCUGGGUCAGAGAAAUGGGUACCUGAGUUAUUAGACCACAAUACUGCAGAAUGGAGGUUACUAGCAAACGAAAUUGAAACCCAACUAGAUAAAGUAUACAGUAAAUCACCGGCAUUGAGCAAAUGGUAUAAGACAAUAACCAUCGAUUCAUUCAGUCCUGGAAGUAAUGCAAUCAGUAAUGGGAAACCCGAUAAAAAUGCUGGGGUUAUCGUUGAUUUCUUCGUGCAACUUAAUCAACUUGGACGUACAGUCAGUACCGCUGAUAUUCGACGUCUAUUUCAUGAAACAUUACAAAAAGAAGGAAAUCUAGGAUCAUCCGCACAACCAUUACAAUACGGAAAUGGUGGUGAUUAUGAAGGCCUUUAUUUAAAAUUAGGAAGGUUUACUGUUGACCCAGCACGUACAGACUUUAUAGUAUUACCUAAGCCUAUUAGAAGUGUGACAGCAACCGCUGGAACUGAUGACGCGUGGUUACCACAAUGGGCUGUAGCUGUUAUGGUUAUUGGCCUUGCUUCAUUACUUUUCGUAUUAAUAUUUGGCAUAACAGUGCUCGUAAGUCGUAAUAAAAACAAUAAAAAAGUACCUCCACCGACCCUGCAAGCAUCCAUGAUGGCUGAUGAUCAAAAUCAACAUAUAUAUGGUACGGGUAAAAAUGGUCCAACUACUGGAAGUCGUCAUAUGAUGCAUCAUCCACCGUCCCAUUCUAAUUCUAACUAUAACAUUAGUUCAUAUGGUUAUGAUAAUUAUGCGAUUGAUGAUGACAUGAUGAUGUUAGACGAAGACGAUUUAGAAGACGUGGAUCGUUUGUACGACAUGGAUGCGGUUUGGUCCGAUCAUGAUCACGAAAAAGUCAAAGUCCCACCGAGUAUUGCGGGGAAAAAGCACCGAGACACACAACACGGUGGUCAUUAUGAUAGUUGGCGAUCAACAGCGUUGUCCCCUCAGACAUUAACACCAGUUCAAACUGGAUAUUAUACUGGCGGUAGUGGUUAUGGUUACGGCACAGAUCCAAGUGGUUACGGAGCUGAAAGACGACAUUAUCACCGUGAAGCCACAUCUGUUGCAAGUCCACGAUCGCAUCAUCAUUAUCCAAGCUCUCACCAUAAUCCCAAUGCUUCUUAUACAACUGGACCGAGGAAACCACCUCAGCAGUAUCACCCCGACUACGACACCGAUUUUUAAUACAUUUUUAUUCGUUUCUAAAACGUAAUUUUCAGUUGCCAUUUAGAUUGAUGCCUAUUAAGAAUUUCCAGUGAUAAAUUAAAAGUAUUACUGUGUACAUAAUAAUACUCGCUCAUUUAUUAUUUUUGUAUUCUUUUUUGUAUUACUUUAUUUAAAAUAAUAUAUAGGUAUUAAAGUUAUAGGUACUAUCUCUUCGAAGUGAAUCAUAAUUUAAUCAUUUUAUACAACGUAUAACUCUAGUCAAACAACUGCUGAAAGUAAAUUCAAUUGUAUGACAAAACUAUUCGAACGAAAUAUUAUGUGAUUUUAUACUUACUUUUUAUACCUCUUUAGAUUUUUUCAUUUUACUAUAUUAUUAAACAAUUUAUUAUAUGUAUAUUUUUAUUAAAAAAAAUUACCUUAUGAAUUUAAGCAUUUUACUUUUACACGAUAUAUUUUUAUUUUUUAUUUAUAUAUUUUUUUACAAACACUAAAUAUCGAUUAUUAUAUUGUAGAGGUGCUAUACUUAGUUCAAAUUUUAUCUUCAACUUAGUAUAUCUCUAUAACAAAUAAUUUUAGAAUGCUCAGUUUAGUGAAAAAAGUUUGAUCUUACUAUUCUUACUUUAAAUAUACAAAUAAGGAAUUGAAGUACUGUUCACACUCAAGUGUACAAUUUUAUUUUAUUUUUAAAUGGCUGCUAAAUUAGGUGAUAAGUGUUUAGUCAUACAAAUAAAAUAAAAUCAGAAAUGAGAGUUUUAUUAGUACUUUAUUACUUGUUUAAAUAUUUAAUAUCAGUAUAACCAAAUUCAUUCUAAAAUCAGCCUUCUAUAGCCAUUUGUUUAUGGAGAUAUUCUAAUUUAAAGUUCAAAUUAAUAAUAAUUAAUAAAAAUACUUUAUAGCUUAUGAAAUAACAUUAGCAACAAUUAAUUCCGUAAUUGUUUGACUCAAAUUAAACUUAAUUAAAAAAAAACUACUUUAAAUUUUACGGUCUUAAUUAUUUUCAUAUAUUUGUUUUAUAAAUAAAAUUAGGUAUGUACAUAAAAACAUAAUAUAUUAUUACGUAAUUUUAAUAAAACACAUUUUUAAAUGAUUAUUUAAGUUAUUAUUCAAUUUUCUUGGUUCAUACUAAUCUUAUAUUUUAUUUUUUUUUAAAAUAAAUUACGUAACUUAAAAGUUAAAACAUUGAUCAAAACUAAGCACGGUAUUAUUCAAAAUAUCGUGUUGAUAAUGAUAAAUGUAUCAUUGAUAAAAAUUACCAUUAAAAUAUUUAAAUUAUUCUCCAAGUAUAGCACUUCUAUGGAAUUAUUAUUAUUGUAAAUUUUUAUGAUAUCUUGUGUUAACUAAUUAUUGUUAUUAUAAUAUAUUAUAUGUAUAUAUUGCAA